AUGCGAGCUCUUCGUUUCCACGGCAGGGAGGAUCUCCGCUUGGAUGAGAUCAGACCUGCUUUUGUGGGAAUAUGUGGUAGCGAUCUCCAUGAGUAUCUCACCGGUCCCUCGGCAGUUCCUGUCAACCCACAUCCGAUCACGGGGGCCAAACUCCCGACAACGUUGGGGCAUGAGUUCAGUGGGACAGUAGAGGAGAUCGGAGAGGGCGUGGUUAGCCUGAAAGUUGGAGACAAGGUAGCCAUUAAGCCAAACCUCUCUGAUGGCUCAUGCUCGCGGUGCGCUAUGGGGAGGCAGAACAUUUGCAGCAGCCUGGGAUUUAUUGGAUAUAGCAGCGAGGCUGGUGGCAUGUCCGACCAUGCUGUCAUCGAUGAAAAUCACGCGAUUAAGCUUCCGGAUUCGAUGCCUCUAGAUAUUGGAGCCUUGGUGGAGCCUCUCGCCGUCGCAUGGCAUGCAGUGGGUCGCAGCCCCCUCAAAGCUGGAGACACGGCUCUAGUUGUUGGAGCUGGUCCCAUCGGACUAGCGAUCGUGCAGGUGUUGAAAGCUCGAGGAGUUGAGACCGUCAUCGUGGUCGAGAUCUCUGAGCAGCGUCGAAAGUUUGCCCAGAGCUUUGGUGCAUCUCAUGUCCUCAAUCCCCGGGAAGUAGAUGCCGUUGCUCGAGUCCGUGAGAUUACCAGGCAGCAACAGGGUGUUUCGGUUUCUUUUGAAACAUCCGGGGUGCAAGCUGGACUGGAUACAGUCAUGGCGGGUCUUCGGGCCCGUGGAACGGCGGUGAUCGUGUCAAUGUGGGACGAAAAGCCGAUCAUUAAUGCGUUUAUCGAUGUAGUACUCGGAGAAAAACAUGUAACAGGUGCGGCGGUAUAUGAUGAGGGAGAUUUUGAAGCUGUGAUUGAAGCAAUAACAUCUGGCAAGAUUAAGCCGCGACCGAUGAUCACCAGCAAGAUCGGGAUGGCUGAAGUGGCAGAGAAGGGGUUCAGGGCGUUAAUCAAUCACCGCGAUCAACAUGUUAAGAUCUUAGUGGAUGUUUCUAUUGGGCAUCUGGAGUUCCAAGAGUGA